AUGGCCUCGAAGACCGCAAUUCUUGGUGUGCUCGGUGUCGCCGUCUCAACCGUAUGGGGUCAGACCCUGACGGAGGACAUGGUCGAGAAAAUGGGAAACAAUAGCCUUUUCACUCGUUGGAGACCGUACUCCCAUUUUCUGGCCCCUGCAGGGUGGAUGAAUGACCCUUGUGCACCUAUGUACGAUCCGGUUGAAGGCAUUUAUCAUAUGCACUACCAGUUUAACCCCAAUCAUGUCAACUGGGGCAACAUAUCGUGGGGACACGCGACGUCCAGUGACCUCAUAACCUGGACUGAUGUUGACCACAACCCCGACAAUGGACUUGUGGGAUGGCAAGACGGAGAAGCGAAGUCAAUUGGUACAACCAACUUGACUACCGACCACCACGAUCCACCGAUGUACAACCAUCUGGGCAUCUUUUCCGGAACAGCCCAGCCCGUCAAUAUCUCUGGUGAGGUCGAUGGAACAAUUCUCGCCUUCUACACAUCAGUUUCAAAACUGCCAACCUCGUAUACCUUACCCUAUCUGCCUGGGACCGAAAGCCAAAGUCUGGCAUACUCCACCGAUGGUGGAGUGACAUGGCAAGAAUAUGCCAACAACCCAGUCAUCAGCAGCCCGCCAGACGGUUGGAACGUCACCGGCUGGCGGGACCCCUUCUACCUCCCCUUUCCCCAGUUGGACACGCUACUAGGGAACUCCGAGCCUCACUACUAUGCCAUACUUGGCUCCGGUAUUAAGGGCGUUGGCCCUCGCAUGCCCUUGUACAGUGCUCCUGCGUCUGAUCUCACCAAUUGGACUUUCCUUGGUGCUCUGUGGGAACCCACAGCGAACAGUACCUUGGGCUCGUUGGAGGAGACUGGAUCGUAUGGGCUCAACUUUGAAGUUUCCAACUUUUUCGCUAUUGGCGACCGCUACUUCGUCAGCAUGGGUGCUGAAGGAGGCGAGGUCAGCUUCCACGACCGGAGGUGGUCUUUGUGGAAUGAGGGGGAAAUUUCCACGCGCCCGAAUGGCAGCAUUGCCUUCAACCCUAUCUCAGGCGGUGCGAGCGACUGGGGUAUUCUGUACGCGAUCACCUCGUUCAAUGACACUAAGAACAACCGCCGUAUUCAGUACGGCUGGGCAAGCGAGGACAUGAACAACUUCGGCAUCACGCAGCAAGGCUACCAAGGGGCGCUGUCCUUGGCCCGGGAGCUCUUCAUCAAAGAGACCAGCGGUGUUGUCCACAACCCUGCUGACGUCACCCCUGGCAACUCCCGCUAUAUGUCAAACUCCAAUGGCACCUGGACUGCAAGCACUCUGGGCGUGCGCCCAGCCAGCGAUGUAGUCGCUGGUCUCCGCCGUGGCUCUCGCCACACCCAGUCUCGUUGUAGCAAGAAGACAUGCAGCAACACCAGCAACAUCCGCCUGCCCAGCACUCUCAGUAAUUCCUACGAAUUGAAGCUGCGUAUCAAAAACACCACGGGUGUCACAGGUGUGACGGUCGCUGCCUCGCCCGGUCGCGAGGAGUACACGAACAUCUACUAUGAUCCGUCCAAGAAGUCCGUCGUCUUGGACCGCGCCUAUCCUCCCAGAUCACGAUGUUCCCCAACACGUCGCUGGCUGGAACCGAUUGAAAUGAACAUAUUCGUCGACGGCUCCCUCGUCGAGGUCUUUGUCAAUGACCGCUUCGCUCUCACGGGCCGCAUCUAUCCCAGCAGGGAGGACAGCAAUGGGUUUGCUUUGUACAAUGCGCCCGGCGUCAGUGUCCAGUACGAAGACAUUGAGAUCUGGGAUGGCUUGCUCAAUGUCUGGCCUGACAGACCCAUGAACAGCAGCUCCGAGCUUGUCUUUGACACUCCUGCCGAAACUAACAACUACACUUGGUGGGAUGGGAACUAA